AAGAGGGAAAAGAAGAAGAACGCAGUCUCUCAACUGCUAGCCCACGAUCUCCAUAUAGAUGGAAACUGCCACAUCAACGUCGGGUACAAAUGGAACAGACGAAGCAAAAGAAAGAGAAAGAAAGGAAGAAGAGCAGAGCAAAAUCAAAUUCAAAAGGAAGAGUAAAUUGAAAUCGUAUCGGCAAGGGUGGGAGCAAUCGUUUUUACGCCGCUCGGCGAUUUCGGUGGCGAUUCUGAAAGCUACUCAUACGGGUGGAACAAAAGCAUAUCGAUGCGGACAUGUUCAUUCGCGCGUUAAGACCGCAGAUAAUGGGGAUGUAUUACAAGUCUCUUUUGAUAAGUUUGGUUGGACAAGCAGAGAAAAAUCAAACAAUGAUGGUAAAUAUUAUUAUCAAUAAGGUGAUGGAAAGGUGAAGAUUGGGGAUAUUAGUGUCAGCCACUUUUUUGAGGUAAUGGAACUGCCAAGAUCUCAUACCACUUUAAUAUAUAGAAUCUUUUUUGUUCUAUUGUGAUUGUUGUUAUUUUUGUACUUCUUCUUUUUUCCUUAAAGCUUGCUGAUGAAAACUCUUUUAUUAUUCUGUUGAACUUUGAUGUUAAAUGGUGUUGAAGAAAUUUGGUGACCAUGUAAAUUAUCUUUUGGAUUGCAGGCCCCUUUGAUAGUUUCUUAAGGCUUCUAAGGGUAGGGUUCUUUGGGUUCUAGAAAUUAUAGUUGCUGGUUUGGGGUUCAUGACAUACUUCUGUACAAUGGUUAUAUAAUUACUCUUUUUAGACCCAUCUCUUUUUGUGAAUAUGUUACCUAUACGACUAUAGCUGGUUGUGCAUGUUAUGAUUCUUCUUUUGAACAUAUUUACUUCUGGUUAGUGUAG